UUUAUUGCGACGUUGCCAAAUGAAAUAGUAUUUUGGUCCGUGUUCGGGAUUCCGCUGUUCGGUUGAUAGAGAAACAACGUUACAAAUUGUUUGUCAAUAUUUUAGAGUUUCAUAAUAUUUAAACGUUUUUUUAAUAGUUAUAAAGCUUUCAUCUUUAUAUUUUUAUAAUGAUCUAUCCAAGUGAACAAAUCUUUUCAUCUUUGACCCUUUGAAAGUGAUCGUUGUCCCAAUUUUUUCCUAUCGAGGGUAUGGAAUAUUUCAAUGUGUAAACUUGAAACACGCAUACUAUUAUAGUGUAUAAUAUGUGUGUAUGAUACAUCGACGAUACUGUCAAAGAGUGUAUUGUGCAUGUGCAAUGAUGCUACUUCUAUAUGCAACUCUCUCCCAUCUGUUUGAUUAAUAAGGAGAAUGUUUAAAAUAUUUCUUAACAGUCAAAAGGAUUGAUUAAAUCUCAGAAAGAUCUUAUCCAAUUGCACAAAACUCCAAUUAUAUAUAGAAGUAGUAAAAAGAUGCAAUUCUAUUUUAUAAAAAGUGAUACCUCUUCAUGUAAUAAGAAAUAGAAAAACAAUAAACAAGAAAAUAGGUAAUUUUAAAUUUUGAGAAGAAUAAGAUAUUAUCUUGUCACUGCAUUUUGGUAAGUCGACAAGUUGAGUCGAUAAAUAUUACUUUUGCCAAUUUGUUAAUAUAUACUAUCAAAAUCUUAUUUAUUUUAUAUCUCUUCAAUAUGAGAUAUAUGAACAUAUACGCCAAACAUGUACGUUAUCAAAACAAUCAUGUAUCCAAGAUAUGUAGGUGGACGAUUUAACACGGAUGCAUACAUCAGACAAUUGUGUAUCCUAUUUAGUUGAUGCACACAAUAUUGUCUUAGAGACAUUCGUUAUUUUUAUUGCAUAUCUUUAUUCUUGCUCUUUUUGAGCAUCCUUAUUGUCAUAGAAUAUUCAGUGUUCACAAAAUCACUUUUAAUGAGGCUGAAAUCACGAACAAGAAGACAAACUCUCUUUUGAGAAAGUACAGUGUUUAACGACUGACUUUGAUGAACAAUGAACCAUUCCGGAAGCGGAAAACGCCAGGCGAAGGUUUUGGAAGAAAAUUAUUGGGACUGCAGUGUCUGCACGUAUAGAAAUACAGCGGAAGCAUUUAAGUGCCUCAUGUGUGACGUCCGUAAAGGAACUUCUACGCGGAAACCCCGCAUUAAUCCUCAGUUAGUGGCACAACAGGUUGCGCAACAGCAAUAUGUGCCACUGUUAAAACCUGGAAAAAAAGAAGGAAGUAGUGGUGGUAGUACGACUAGCAGUGGAAAAGAAAAAGACCGCAAACUGGAUAAACCAAGGCGUAAGAGUAGGCAUCCACCACGUCUUAAAAAUAUAGAUCGUAGUACGGCUCAAACCAAUGAAGUAACGGUAAAUAACGUUACCGUUGUUAUUACUGAAUAUAAACCCAAAGUUAAAAAAAGUUCGGAUCAGUCUGGUAUUUCCAGCAGUGCUUCUUCUGAAAACGGAAGUCAGCAUGAUUCCAAUCAAGACUCUAGAAGUCUGGAUAUAGGAACUGAUGCCUAGGUCAAUACUAUGUCACAUAUAUGUGUGGAUUAUUAUAAUUAAUAUAUUAUAUGUCACUUUCCAUGUACAGUCGUACAUCUUGUGGGCAAAAGCAACAACUUUGUCAUCUGUUACAGCUACACGAUAAGUCAGGCAUUUAUGCUAUCAAUGGAAUGUUUUUUUAAAUACUAUUUUCUUAAUGAUCAGCACUAUUUAAGACAAGUUACUUGUGAUUGAAGAAGAAAUUGUACUUAAUCAUCUUAUGUUUAUUUACUAAUUGUGAAUGUUACAUGAUCAUUAAUGUUUGUUUAAACAAUUCUUAUAACAAAUCGGUUUAUGUAUCAUAGAAUGUUAUUUUAUUUCAUUCAUCAUCAGGGAAUGCAUAUUUCAAGAUAAUGAUAUUAUUAUAAAUUUAUAUCCAUUGUUAACAUAAUAAUGUCCUAGACUUUUACUAAAUUUAAAAAACCACUGCCAGAAAGUAUGUUACAAGAUUAUUAUUACUAUUAACAUUUUUUAACAGGGCUCAUGACACAUUAGAUGUCAUUAUGCAUUGUAUGAAUAGUUUUAGUUGAUGUGCUUGUGUGAGCAAAAAUAUAUCAAACAACUGGCACUGGUAUAUAUACACAUCUUUUUUGCAUUCCAAUUUAUUGAAUCAUUUGAUUAAAGAAAAAAUAUUAUUUUUCUUUUACUUGAAAAUUGAGACAAUUUUUCUUUGUAUAAAUCAUGUAAUUUUAAUUUUCUCUGUAGCAUAAAAUGGAAUGUGAAGUAGCUAAUUAAUUUUUAUUUUAUUUUUAAUGUAGUUUAUACCUCAAUAAAUGAAAUCUUAUAUUUUAUUUUGAAGUGCUUACACUUUGUAUUA